AUGGAAAUGGUAGAAAAAGAAGUGGAGAUGGAAGAUAACAAGAAAAUGAACAACCAUCAAAGAGGAGGGAUCCGAACAUUACCUUUCAUUUUUGGAAAUGAAAUCUGUGAUAGAUUUGCAAGUGCUGGCUUUCACAGUAAUUUGAUAAGUUACCUAACCCAAGAGUUGAACAUGCCAUUAGUAUCAGCUUCAAAUACACUCACAAAUUUUGGUGGAAUGUCUAGCUUCACCCCUCUCAUUGGUGCUCUAUUUGCAGACUCCUUUGUUGGAAGGUUUUGGACCAUUACUAUCGGUUGCCUCAUUUACGAACUCGGAUUGAUCAGUAUUACUAUAUCGACUAUUCUACCAUAUUUUCGCCCCGAACCUUGUCCAACACAAGUGAAUUGCCAAGAAGCCACAUUCUCACAACUAUCAACACUUUAUAUCUCUCUCCUUCUCACAUCUCUUGGAUCAGGUGGCAUUAGACCUUGUGUUGUUCCUUUUUCAGCAGACCAAUUCAACAUGACAAAAAAUGGUGUGGCAUCUAGAAAUUGGAGCCUAUUUAACUGGUACUUUUUCUUCAUGGAGUUAGCUUCUCUUAGUGCUUUGACAAUUGUAGUUUAUGUUCAAGAUAAUAUGGGUUGGGGUUGGGGCCUUGGCAUUCCCACCAUUGUUAUGAUGAUAUCAAUAAUCUCAUUUGUGUUGGGAUCACCAUUGUAUAAGACUGUGAAACCGAAAGGAAGCCCUUUGGUUCGUCUCGCGCAAGUAAUUGUGGCCGCCGUAAAGAAGAGGAAUGAGAAAUUACCUAAUGACCUCAAACUUCUAUAUCAAAAUAAGGAACUUGAUGCUGGAAUUUCUUCGGAAGGAACUCUUUUACACUCUGAUCAAUAUAAGUGGUUGGACAAGGCUGCAAUUGUCAUAGAGAAAGAUACAAAAGAUUCAAAUGUAUUAUCACCAAACCUUUGGAAUCUAGUCACUGUCCAUAGAGUUGAGGAGCUAAAAUCCAUCAUUAGAAUGCUUCCAAUUUGGGCUUCAGGAAUUUUGCUCAUAGCUUCUUCAUCACAUAUACAUAGUUUUAUGAUUCAGCAAGCGCGUUCAAUGGACCGUCGUCUCUCUCACUCGUUCCAAAUUUCACCAGCGCAUAUGUCAAUUUUCAGUGUGCUAACCAUGAUGACAGGAGUUAUUCUAUACGACCGUCUUUUCGUCCCGUUUGCCCGCAGAUUCACAAAGAAUCCAGUUGGAAUCACAUGUUUGCAAAGAAUGGGUGUAGGCUUUGUGAUCAAUAUUAUAGCUACUAUAGUUUCAGCACUAGUGGAAAUAAAAAGAAAAAAGGUUGCUGCAGAAUACAACUUAUUGGAUGAUCCAAAAGCGACUAUUCCAAUAAGUGUGUUUUGGUUAGUACCUCAAUAUUGUCUACAUGGAGUGGCUGGAGUUUUCAUAUUUGUUGGACAUUUGGAGUUUCUGUUUGAUCAAUCGCCUGAAAGUAUGAGAAGUAGUGCUACUGCUUUGUAUUGCAUAACUACAGCUAUUGGUAGCUAUUUGGGCACAUUAUUGGUAUCAUUAGUCCAUAAGUAUACUGAUAAAGAGAAGAAUUGGCUUCCUGAUAGAAACCUUAAUAGAGGAAGAUUGGAUUAUUAUUAUUUUUUUGUUAGUGGGAUUCAAGUUUUAAAUCUCAUUUAUUACGUAAUAUGUACUUGGUUUUACACUUACAAGUCCUUAGAUGAAGUUUGUGAAAGAAACAAGGAAGAAGAUCUAGAUGAAGGUGAUGCAAAUAUAUCAGUUGAGAAUUUAAAAGAUGGUUAA